CGGGCUGCCGCGCGCGCGAUCCGCAUGGGAUGGCGCUGGCCAGCGCGGCGGCCGAGCUGCUGGGUGCCGCGGGCCGCUUCCACGACCUGCUGGAGUCGGAAGGCGGCGCCGCCGCCCCCGGCGCGGCGGCGUUCGUCGGAGACAGGUUCGAGGUGCACGUGCGCACCUUGCAGGGGCAACUACUGGUGACGGUGAACCAGACAUUGGCCACCGCGGCCGACCCGUCCCCCCAGGGCGAGCCAGCGGCGGUGGGCUUCUUCAGCGACGCCGAUCUGCUCACGGAGCCCCAGGUGCUUGUCAUUCUCGUGGCGUCCCUCUUCGUGUGCGCCGUGCUCCACUUCGUGGUGCCGGUCCCGACGAAGGUGAAGCUUGCGGGACCUCGGCUCACGUAUUGGCGCAGGGUCGUGCGUGCCCAGCUGUACUACCUGGUGGCUGGCACACCAGGGGAGCAUGCAGGGAGGAGGGGGAGGAGCAGAAGCGUUUACCCGUGGCAGGGUGUAUCGGCUUUCUUCUAGCGCUCAGUCGCAGGAGCCUUGCCCGCAGAGUGGUAAUGCAUUUUAUUGGGCAUUUAGUUGCUUUCUGUACAGCCACUUGUUCGACAAGUGUGGGGCAUUUUAGGCUAGCGCUGAAGACUCAGUGCGGGUCGCACUCAUGCGGAUAUCUCGUGCUCAGGGAUGUGUGAUGUCGAUGUUGG